GCAAAGACCAUACACAGUACAGGGUCUACCUCCCCGGUGUUUACUGCGCGCUCAUAUGAUGUCUGGAAUGCAACCACGGCAAAGACCAUACACAGUACAGGGUCUGCCUCCCCGGUGUUUAGUGAACGCGAUGAAAAGAAGAGUGACGCUGAAAAGAAAAAUGUACAAUGA